AUGGCACGAGGCUUGCAUGCAGUCUUGACUGCCAUUUGGCAGUCUGGUACCACUCCCCCUGACCUGCGUGGUUAUCCCUCUCUGGAAGGGGAAAAGGACCAAUGGGAUUGUAGUAACUACCGUGGCAUUACACUGAUAAUGGGCAAACAUACUACCCAAAGUCAGUGUGGAGCAACACUGGGCAAUAUUAAAUUCUCAGACUAUGACUGGCGGCUCUUGAUGCAAAUAGCAAUAGGGGGAAGCCCUUGGGCCUGGAGGUCUCCUGGACCAAGACCAAGACUCAGAACUUCGGGGGCCUACCAAGAAGUCAGUAGAUGGAUUGGUUUGGUAUCAGGAGCAUUGAACACGAUCAACAAGAGCAUUUGGGGAUCUUUUGCUGUGGCUGAGUCUGUUCCUGAGGAAAUUCCCAGGGAGAAGCGCGGUUUCGUGGAAUCCGCAGGCGGCGGAUACGGUGGAGGUUCCUCGGUCGGCGGAGGAGGAGGAUAUGGAGGCGGCGCCGUCGGAGGUGGCGGAGGAAGCUACCUGAUCGUCGGAGGAGGUGCAGGCGGUUCUCACGGGCCCAGCGCCUCCUCCAUCGCCAACCAGGCUGCGGCACAAGCCACCGCCGCUGCCGCAGGACUCAAGGGCGCCGCCAGUGCCGCAGCUUCCAAAGCCGCUAGUCAGGCCGCAGCCACAGCCUCUGCUGCAGCUCAGCAGGCACAGGCUGCCGCUGCUGAGAAGCAGGCACAGGCCGCCCAACUGACUCAGGCUGCCCAAGGAGCACAGGCUGCAGCCUUUGCCGAGUCGUCGCUGGCCGGACAGGCGUCUCAGGCUGUGCAGGCUGCUAAGCUGGCUGCCUCGUCGGCCUCGUCUCUAGCCUCCAACCUGGCCCAUCUGAGCUCCGAGGCCAGCGGCCUGGCGUCUCAGGCUACCAACAGUCUGAACGACAUCCAGGCAGUUCUUUCCGCUCAGGAGGCCAUGGCCUGGCAGGCUCAGCAGGCGGCCAACUCUCUGGGUCAGCAGCAGAGUCUCGCCCUCAACGAGCUGCAGUCGGCGCUCGCAGCAGCAGCGCAGGCCCAGGCGGCCGCCAGCAAGGCCCAAGCCAAGGCCAAGGGCGCCGGCGGAGGCGGCUACGGCUCCUCCUCCUCCGGCUACGGCCACUGA